UAGUUAAUUUAUUAACUAUAAACGUAUGUAAAGUCGCAUAAUUACAAUAACAAAUUUGAAUAUUUUGUUGAUAUCAAAAACGUGAUAGUUAACUUAACGUAUAUCACCAUAUUUGUUAGAGAUUAGAGAACGAACAAAACAAAACCCGUUUGCAAUAAUGAUGACUAGAUAGCAUGAAUGGUGAUUGACGAUAGCAAUUAAUUAGUAUUGACAUUCUAAUCAGCAAAGUUACUAGUUGCCAUGAAGAGUAUCUAAUGUAUAGCUAUACAGUUGAUAAUAGCCUAUUUUUACAGACCUAAUGAACGUGCACACGAUAGCAAGUAAACGUUUAUACAAUAUGAGUAAAAUGUAAUAACAUGACACACAUUGAAAACAGUUACUUUGUUGAUAUCCAUGCAACAGUACCUGAUGUGAAUCUGUCAGAUAGUUUCACUUGACUCAUUGGUAGACGUGCAAAUCAAAGUGAUAGGUAUUUGACGUGCAGACUCACGUGAGCUUGGCAGUGUCCGACUCAUGUGAGUCUAAGGACGCAGCUAUUGUUGGUCAACUAAUAGUAACCAAUUGUGUCAGCUAAGAGCUAACAAAAUAUCUAAAACCACUAGCUAACACGUGGUCGCUUAAUUGCUAGUAUAUAUUCUGUCGGAGCUGUGCUUGCUGACAGUACACCGUGUGACUCCGGGAGAUCAUCUGCGUAGGCGCAGUUCUGUAGCUCACGUGGGGCUGAUCGAGAGGCGUUGUCGGUAGGUCUCACCCUCCGUUCUGCUAGCACAGCAGUUACUUGUCUAGGAUCCGUCAAGAUGCACAUGUUUCACACAAUGUUGCUUCUACUUCUUCUCUUCGCUUUUUCAUCGGCACAGAAGUCGUCUUCCGCGACCUCAACAUCUUCGUUUGAACCAACACGACAGACUCGGCCGUCAUACGUUUGUGGUAGUGACUACAACUGCUCCGACGUCGAAAUCGUCGGUCAACUGUGUCAAUGCGAACAGAAAUGUAUUCUACGCGGAGAUUGCUGCAGCAUGACUUACGAAGUCUGCUUUCCCAACGUCACUUUUAACUACACGGGCAACGGAACGAUCCCAGAACAAAAUCAGACAUCUCAAUUCCUAUGUGAAACAACAGGAUGUCGAUCUGUAGUGAUACAGGCAUUACCUUGUCAGUGUGAUUCUGGAUGCGCAACCCGUGGCGACUGCUGCGAUGAUUAUACCACUGCUUGUCGCACACCUCCGACAACGACGACGAUCCCCGUGGACGUCCAAACGGCUACCACCGCGAGGGCCAGAAAUUUGUUUUCGACGGUGACAGCGACUCAAGUUCAAUCACCCGACUCGACUGCAGUAGUCGCCACGACUCAAGUUCAAUCGCCCGACUCGACUGCAGUAGUCGCCACGACUCAAGUUCAAUCACCCGACUCGACUGAAGGAGUCGCCACGACUCAACGACCGUCUUCCGCAUCGUCGACGUCGUCGGCGCCGAAGGUUUCGAGCAGCGCGACGCCGACAGGUGACGGAUCCGGCGAGCAUCCAACGAAUGCGACACUAUCUGCUCCGACAGUCGAGGCGAUGCCCGGUUGUUAUCUCUAUGGAUGCGAUAACCGGUCCGACGCGCACGAGUGUCAGUGCGACAGCGAGUGUUUACUUCGAUCGGACUGCUGCGACGAUGCGAUCAAUUUGUGUGCGGGGAACGACACCGGAAACACUACGGGGAACCGUAUGACGAACGGGACGUCCGCACCGACGGGACCGUUUACGUGCGCGGAAAUCGGAUGCGGGAGCACGGGUGCGCGUUGCAGUUGCGUUUCAGGUUGUCUCAUUAUGAACAAGUGUUGUGGUGACUACACAAAGGUAUGUUCUCUCACUACCACUUCUUCUCCUACGUCGGCCACUUUGGCCCCUCCUACUGCCCCUAGACUGCCGUCGUGCGUGGCUCUAAGCAAGAUUCUCAACAAAUCAGCUUGUGGUUAUCGAGCCGGACAGCUGUGUCAGUGUGAUCGCCGUUGCUCCGUUACUAAUGACUGCUGCCCUGACUUUGAUGUUUCAAUAUGUGCUCCGACACCCGGCCCGACUACACCAGCUCUUCCUACAACUGCGAGGGCAACGACGGUGUUAGUGACCCGGGCUCCUACAAAGCCUCCUCCACUUUUGUGUGCUAAUGAAGGAUGCGACGUGCACGAUCGGGACGCUCCUUGUCAAUGUUUACCAAACUGCGUGAAGUACCAAGACUGUUGUAGUGAUUUUGUGGUUUUUUGUAAGUACAAUGGCACUUUUCCUCCACCAACUACUUCUUCAACUUCAUCGAGAUCUUCGAUCACCGUGAAAGCUUCUACAGCAUCGAACGGAACUGAAAACAUUGCGACUGCAACUUUAGGUGGUAUAGGAACAACUAGACCCCCACCAGCACAGGCUGGUAGCUCGAUGUCUUCGAUUCCUGUAUCAUCACCAUCUGGUAGAACAGUAGAGUCUACCACGUCACGUUCGUCUUCAUCUGGCUUUGCUUCUUCUGCAAGUUCAUCUUCGGGUGUAGUCAUUACCGCCAUGCCUUCGACGGAAGCUCGUACUUCUUCAGUUGAGACUGAAAGAGCAACUACAACAAGUCGAGUUUCGACUUCGGCGGAGAAGAUAACGCGAGGCAGUUCAUCACUAGUGCCUUCUUCUGUUGCUUCGUCGUCGUCGACUGGUGGAGCAACUACAACUCCAUCAACAUCGUCUUCUGAAAAAGCAACUAAUACUUCUCCAACAAUUCGGUCAUCGACCGCGCCUACCAGCAAAGAAGUUACACCUUUCUCGACAACUGGACGUAUAUCAACAGCAUCUUCUGCAAAAGGAACUAGCUUGUCUCCAACAAGUCGUGUAGCAACAGCGUCUUCUGGGAAAGGAAGUACAUUGUCUUCAACAAGUCGUGUAUCUACUGAGCAAGCAACUACAAUGUCUCCAACAACAGCAAGUCGUGUAUCAACAGCGUCUUCUGGGAAAAGAGCUACAAUGUCUCCAAAAAAUCGUGGAUCAACAGCGUCUUCUGGGAGUAAAGGUAGAGAACCGUCAUCAUCUCCAUUUCUAACUGCAUCCGUUCCCCUUCAAGGAUCGACGUCAUCUUCAUCAAGUCAUCCUGUUUCUACGUCGACUACAAGUUCAACAUCGAUCUCGACUGCUACGUCAACUAAAAGACCUCGGUCUUCUCGUCAAGUUGGUGUCGUUACCUCUACACCUUCGAGUGGGACGACAACAAGUGCAUCUUCAGCUAGUCCGGUCACUUCUGCAAGCCCUUCGGCUAUGUCAGCUUCUUCUUCCACGGUAUCUCCACGUCAAGAGACGACUUCAGCUCGUAUUGAAACAAGUACUGAACAAGUCGAUGCUAAGGCAACUAUCGCACCGGAUCAACGAAUAGAUGUCAACAGUCUGACAGAGGAUGAGAAAACAAAUAGUCUCACAAUAGACUUCGAUAAAGUCGAACUCCUCGUAUGGAUCAGAUUGUACGAGGAAUCGUUUAGGCAAGCGAUUGCUGGUGCGUUGCGGGAGUCCUCUUCUAACAGACGAAAAAGGGCGGUCGUCGACGUGACGGCUAACGACGUCAUCUACGUUACACCGACUCCGCAAAUCGUCGACAACUAUCUCCGAGUUGUUUUCUUUGUUCGCGACCCCGGAUCCAAGACAAAAGUGGUACAAGUCGUUCUUCUGCAGCAAGCAGUGGUCGAGCAGAAAAUUCAAAUAGAAAAAAGGGCGAGUGUUUCAGUAACAUCAAUUCGAACAGGCAUACCCAAAGACUUGCUUCCUGACAGCUCGGACAAUACGACACUGAUCAUUGCGGUAGUUUGUUCAGUCGCCGUCGGCAUAUUAAUUCUCAUUUUUGUGCUUGUCAUCUGCGUUUUGUGUCGACGUCGUUCAAAGUAUGAGAUCGCAGGUAGCCGAUACGGAGUUGACUAUAAUGUGAAGAACGUGAACGACAUUAUCGACGAUUUUGCGGAACCGAAAUCGGACACGAUGUACAGGAAGAAAGAAGACGACAAUUUUCCAGACGUCGUGGCGAUGACGACAUUUGGUUCGGGGGAUAAAAAGAGCACUCACUUAUAGUCAAGGGUGUCAAUGGCUGGCUCAGUGGAUGCUGUUUGUUUCUUGUACAAUUUACUAAGGUAUACUCACUUACUAGUGGCUUUUGUUUGUCUUAGAAACUCGAAGUAGUGAAGUUGUUAUUCGCGUUCUAUAUUUUGAUUUCAAGAUAUGCACGUAGGUAUACACGUGUAUAGUAAUAUGAAUUCUGUCGUA